AUGUGUUUGUGUAAGCAGUGACAGGUCGCUGGCUUCAGAGGGUGGCUGUGUUUUGUUUGCGGGCAUGUGUCGACAGGUUUGGAGCAGCGGGCAGAAACAGAAAGGCGAGGCAUGGUGAUCGUUUAAUGAAUAAGUGUCCACUUCUACUGCAGUAAUGUUGACUUGUAACCGUGCUUUGGUUUACAGUUUAAUAAAUGCCGAGGCAAAUGGCAACAUAUGGGACACGGCGCUGUUACAAAACUGAUGUAUUAAGGAGGCAGGCAACAUGAGCAGCUCAUGAUGUUGAUGAUCCACUUCUCUCCAGCAACACUACACUCUUACAUUUGCUGAUUAUUCAGAUAAUCCGCAGAUAAUUGUGAUGCCUUUUGAGUAUUUAUGCUUAUGUAUUUUCUGUUUCCCACAGCUAGCAUGUGGUCAUAUUUUGCUCUCAACUUUUUCCACUUAGACUUCCAAUAAUUUUCAUGGACUUAUUCUUGAUAAAUACAGCACAAAAUUAAACCCACGCUUUACCCAUAAGUAUUAAGUUGCCUUUUUUGACUCCCUUAUUCUUGAUAAUACACUUUCUAUAAAAUCUCCACAGGCUGCAUGUGUAUAGCAUGGGAAUGCUGUCCUGUAUUACAGAGUAAUGAAGCCUAAGGCACACAAAUUAGACAUAGCAGGACAGAAACAAGUGAGGAAUAAGGAACUGUAAGAUGAUAUGCAUGGGGAAAGAAGCUUAAGGGAGGGGUGUGAGAUGGCCUGAGAUUUGGGAUGGUGGCUGCUGUGAAAAGGUGGGUACAAGGCCCGUUGCACUGCUGCCAGUAUUUGCUGCCUCUGACCCAACUUUUGAGCCAACCCUCGGUUUACAGUUUCACUGUUGUCUCUCGCCAGCCUCUCACUGCUUCUUCUUGAACUCUGGUGUUUCUAAGGGCUGUUUUGUUAAUGUUUUAACAAAUAUUCAGCAUCCACAAAUCCUGUACUGAGCUUGUAUGUAUAUCAAAAACUAAGUGACCCAUAUUCUCUGUAAUAAUAUAAAUCUGAAAGGGCAGAUCAUCACUUAAUCAUACCAGUGCCAGUAUUAGUUUGUUGGCAAAACUGUAAACAAGAAAAACUUUUAGGGCAAGUCAGCUGUUCAUCAUGCUUGAAGAAUUAUACAGCAUAAAAUGAAUGUUACACAACAGAUAAACAUUAGUCAUAGUCAUAAGCAGAUUUGAUCUUAUACUGAUGAAGUAUCCGUGUGUCCCAUGAUGACAAAAAACAAACAAAAAACACAAAUAAGUAAAAUUCUUCACAUGAAAACCCAAAGAAAAAGAGUUGCUGAUCAUUUUCAUUCUUUCUUCUGAAUGUGUGAAACUUGUAGAUCUUGUGUAGACUGGAUGUGAAUUACUAAUUUGCAUCUUGUUGUUGGUGUUUCUUCAGCUCAGGUUUAGAUAUUUGAUAGCUUUGGACUUGAUAAAGCAGAGUGGAUGGGUUGAACAUUACAUGAAUAUGUGAUCUAUGUGGUGAAGUGAUUAGUUCUUUAAAGCCAUGCAAAUACCUCUAUUGUUAAAAUCAGUGAGUUCACUCUAAAUAAUGUUUGUCUUCUAAAGGUCAACUUGUCUUUAUCGAUGAGAUCUGGAGGAUUGUCCUGAAUGUUCAAAGUUGUGGUUACACUGCAAACUUGUUUCCAGCAAGGGAGAGGAUUCAGGAGUGCUUGUGUCACUCAGACACCUUUCACCUACAAGUCCUCUGUCCUUCAGGAGUGAUCUAUUGUGCCUCCACUUAGCUGCAGUUUUCAUGAGGGCAGGUGGUUCAGACUUCUAGCCUCCUGUACUCCCCACCAGCAUCACCGCUGCCACCAGCGGUUCAAUUCAUGAGCGUGCUUGGUUCAUAAUCCUCGGGGAUGGGGAGUGGAGUCCAGGAACAACGGGCAUCACUCACACAGGGUGAAGUGCUCCCACUGGCUUCCUCCAGUCAGUCAGAGGGGAUGAAACAGACUCGGUCUGUUAUCAACUCGCUCUUUUCGGGGGCUUUAGCAGGAGCUGUAGCCAAGACAGCUGUCGCCCCAUUGGACAGAACUAAAAUCAUCUUCCAAGUGUCUUCUGCAAGAUUCUCUGCCAAGGAAGCUUACAGGUUGAUCUACCGCACCUACCUGAUGGAGGGCUUCUUCAGUUUGUGGAGGGGAAACUCUGCCACCAUGGUGCGAGUCAUCCCGUACGCUGCCAUCCAGUUUUGCGCACACGAGCAGUACAAGGGCCUGCUGGGAGGCUACUAUGGCUUUCAGGGAAAUGCCCUACCUCCAGUCCCAAGGUUGCUGGCUGGGUCCAUGGCUGGUACCACUGCCGCCAUGAUGACAUAUCCUCUUGAUAUGGUGCGUGCGAGGAUGGCUGUAACGCCAAAGGAAAUGUACAGUAACAUUCUGCAUGUGUUUGUGCGGAUCUCUCGAGAAGAGGGCAUGAAAACACUGUAUCGAGGCUUUACUCCCACCAUACUGGGUGUUGCCCCCUAUGCUGGCCUCAGCUUCUUUACCUAUGAGACACUGAAGAAGUUGCAUGCAGAGCACAGCGGCCGCCAGCAGCCCUACUCAUACGAACGCCUGGCUUUUGGAGCCUGUGCAGGUCUCAUCGGCCAGUCUGCGUCUUACCCUCUGGAUGUAGUACGGCGGCGGAUGCAGACUGCGGGUGUCACAGGUCACACGUACCGCACCAUCCUGGGGACCAUGAGGGAGAUUGUGUCCGAGGAAGGGGUUAUCCGUGGACUCUACAAAGGUCUCAGUAUGAACUGGGUUAAAGGACCUAUUGCAGUGGGGAUUAGCUUCACCACCUUUGACCUCACUCAGAUUCUCUUGAAGAAGCUUCAUCAAAUGGGUUAUACUACUCCAUAAUAAUGACAAAGAGAGUUGAAAAUGGGGGUAGAGGGUUGAGUAGAUCCCUGUAAGCCCACUCUGGUGAGACAGAAGAGGAAGCAAGAGUGAAAAAUGGGUAUUGCUGGUUAAAAGCAAAAAGCACAGUGGCUCAGGAUGCGUGGGUAAUAAAAAUUUAUUCUCUCGCUUUGUCUGUGUGUAACAGAGGUAAGUUGGAUAGUACGCCUUGUUAUCAUGUACAUCUAAGUGCAAUAUCAUCAAUACGUUUGUGUGUACACAUGAAUUGUAAUGUUCCUACCCUCUCAGUACAUUUGUAAUCCAGAGAGUUAAAAGGUACACACACACAGCUGCCAUGUGUAUCAUUUUAAAUCUUUUACUUUCCAGUGCAAUGCUGGUUUCCACUCAUUUCCCAUGAGUUUUAAAAAAUGCAUUCAUUUAAUAAGAGUAAGAUAUUCCCUUGUUGAGAUUUGUUUUGAGGAAAUUUAUUUUAAGAAAAUGUACCAAAGGUUAUGACGUUAGUUAAUGCAAAUUAUAUGCCAUAAAUGGUGUUGUAGUAUGUUUAAGUGUGAUAGCAGCUUUGUAACUGCUAUCAAAUGGUUUGAUUUAGUUUGAGCUGAAAUAUUAAAAGCUCACAGUCUAGUGUUUUUUCAGUGGCACUCCUGAAGAUUGAAUUCACAGUUUUAUUAGUUGUUUAGUUGUGUUUUAUGGUGGUGCCAACAAAAAAGAAUUACCAGUGCCCAUAGUGUUUUUUAGAAAGUUUUCGUCACAUAUCGAUUGUUUUUCACUUUAAUCAUGUCAUAGGCUUUAGAUUCAUAUCUGAAGUAUAAAUACAGAUACUACAGUUACUCCAGCUAAACUAUUGGGGCCUUUUCACUGCUGGAACCACUUGCCCUAAGAACUAGGAACAUUUGGGAGGCUGUUUUGGAUGUUUUCUUUCUUUCUAAUAAGCUCUGAAACAUUAAUGGAAAAGAGAGUAUUAUAGAAACACAGACAAGUAACAAUAUGAAGGAACCUUGUAGUUCUUUGGGAAAAAGUUCCUGGGACUCCAGCGUCUCAGUUUUAGUGGAAAUAUGCUUAUUGGUUCUCAGCCCUAAGUAACGCACAUCAAGUAGUUAGGUCAUCCCCCAAAUGUGAGAUGUUACACACUGAUAUUUAGAAAGAACAGCUAAACAUGUACACAGCCCUCUUUGUGACGUUUACAGUGUCUCAUUGUUGCUGACACAGUCUGAGAGGUGUUGCUUUUACAUAUGUCAUUUAUCUGUGGUGGUGUUUUUAAAAAGUACAGUAUAUCAAGAGGCAUUUUUAUAUCUUCACCCUCAUAUGUGUCGCUGAUGUUGGACACACACGAAGUACACACAUUACACAAAUGUGUCUUCCAUUUGCUGCCAGCGUGACAGCUGUGCAGUCUGUCUCUUCGCUGCCAUUCCCGGCUGUUUUGUUUUUAAAAACGUGACUUGACACUAGACUGUGACAUGUCACUGGAAUGACUUUAAAUCUCCUGGUUAGGGAGGAGGACUCAGUGUAGAGCUUUUAGCAGUAUUUGCUAACUUGACUGGAAAUAUGCAAACACAUAGUGAAGAGAUCAUUUGAGUUCUGUUACAAAGAUAAUUUAGUUCUCAGUAUUGUACUUUACCUCAGCACACAAUCACGUGUUUUUCUAAUCGUCACAUAUCAAUUAGAAGUGUUAAUGUAGAGUUGUGGCAGCAGAUGGGACUUGGAGCUUGUUUGAAUGAUGCAGAUGAACAUUUUGACAGUACUGAUGCAGGCUCAUAGAAACUGAGCAGUGUCAAUAGUUUCUAUACUUGGACCUUACAUACCAAGGCAGAACGGCUGAGCUGGGUGAGCAGAUGAGUAGAGCCAAGCGGAGCAGAGGGCAUGAGGUGUCAUCUGUAACAGGAAUAAGAAGCAAGGCUUGUGACUGAAACUCAGCAGUGAAUUUGAAAGAUUUAUAUUUUUAAAUAUGUACAAUUGUUUAAUUGAUGGGCAGCACCGUGGCACGGUGGUUAGCACUGUUGCCACACAGCAAGAAGGUCCUGAGUUCAAUUCCAACAUCAGGCCGGGGUCUUUCUGUGUGGAGUUUGCAUGUUCUC